AUACUGGACAUCUCUUAGUAAUCUGGUGGCCUCUCUCUUGAACUCAGUCCGUUCCAUUGCCUGCUUGCUGCUGCUCCUCUUCCUUUUCAUCGUUAUCUUCUCCCUGCUGGGUAUGCAGGUGUUUGGGGGGAAGUUUAACUUUCCCAAUCAACUCAAACCCCGCAGCACCUUUGACAGUUUUCCUCAGGCCCUCAUCACUGUGUUCCAGAUCCUGACAGGUGAGGACUGGAAUGCUGUCAUGUACGAUGGCAUCAUGGCUCAUGGAGGACCCAGCAUGCCUGGAAUCCUAGUUAGCAUCUACUUCAUCAUCCUAUUUGUCUGUGGAAAUUUCAUCCUCCUAAAUGUCUUCCUGGCCAUUGCUGUUGAUAAUUUGGCAGAGGCUGAGUCUCUGACUUUGGCACAGAAAGAGAAAGCAGAGGAGAAAAAACGCAAGAAAGCUCUCAG